AUGACUGACAAUAAAGAUAUUGUACGUAGUUAUUUACAAGAUAGAUCAACAUGUCAACAUAGUAAUACAUCAACGAAAACAAAAAAAUUAAGAGAAAUCAAUAUGACAUUUGAAAAUGAUUAUACGAAUCGCAAUGAUUCAAUUAUUAUACCUUUAUUUACUUCAAAAGAUGGUGAAAAACAACUUUAUCGUUCAAUUUCAAAUGAUACACAUUGUUUUAAUGUGAUUAAUUAUCAAAUACCACAUUCACAAACGACACCUAUUCUUAAUCUAGCAUUAGAAAAUAGUACUAAGAAACAAGAUAAACAACCAAUGUUCCCAAAAUUAACACCAAAAUUAAAUACUUCAGUAAAAACAUUUCCGAUUUUAACAUCAAGAAGUAUAUCUUCAAGUGUUGAUAACAAAAGUUCAAUGCCGACAAUAAGAACAUCAUUAAAAUCUAUGCCAUCUUCACCAACCAAAAUAGCAAGUAUCUCAUCUGAAGAUAAAAAGAAAACUCAAUUAACCAAGCAUUUACAUUAUUCAGAAUGA